GCCAGAGCCCGGUGAAGCUGAGGGGAGAACAGCCAAGAUGAACGCGGUGUUGGCCGUCAAGCAGUAUGUCUCCAAGAUGAUCGAGGACAGCGGGCCGGGAAUGAAGGUCCUGCUCAUGGACCGGGAGACGACCGGCGUGGUGAGCAUGGUGUACACCCAGUCCGAGAUCCUGCAGAAGGAAGUGUACCUCUUUGAGCGCCUCGACUCCCCCAACAGGGAGGCCAUGAAGCACCUCAAGGCCAUCUGCUUCCUGAGGCCCACCAAGGAGAACGUGGAAUUCCUCAUUCAGGAGCUGCGGAGGCCGAAGUACAGCAUCUAUUUCAUCUAUUUCAGUAACGUCAUCAGUAAGAGCGACGUCAAGUCAUUAGCUGAGGCUGACGAACAGGAGGUUGUGGCCGAAGUUCAGGAGUUCUACGGCGAUUACAUCGCGGUGAAUCCCCACGUCUUUUCUCUCAACCUCUUGGGCUGCUGCCAGGGCCGGAGCUGGGACCCGGCGGCGUUGGCCAGGACCACUCAAGGACUGACAGCUCUGCUCUUAUCCCUGAAGAAAUGCCCCAUGAUCCGGUACCAGCUCUCCUCCGAGCCGGCCAAGCGGCUCGCUGAGUGCGUGAAGCAAGUCAUCACCAAGGAGUACGAGCUGUUCGACUUUCGGCGCACGGAGGUUCCUCCUUUGCUUCUCAUCCUGGACCGCUCGGACGAUGCCAUCACCCCGCUCCUCAACCAGUGGACGUACCAGGCCAUGGUUCAUGAGCUCCUGGGGAUCAACAACAACCGCAUCGACCUCUCCCGGGUACCAGGGAUAAGCAAGGACCUUCGGGAGGUGGUCCUGUCUGCUGAGAACGACGAGUUCUACGCCAACAACAUGUACCUGAACUUCGCCGAGAUCGGCAGCAACAUCAAGAAUCUGAUGGAGGAUUUCCAGAGGAGGAAGCCCAAGGAGCAGCAGAAGCUGGAAUCCAUCGCUGAUAUGAAGGCGUUCGUGGAGAAUUACCCCCAGUUCAAGAAGAUGUCGGGGACGGUGUCCAAGCACGUGACGGUGGUGGGAGAGCUCUCCAGACUGGUUGGAGAGAGGAACCUACUGGAAGUGUCUGAAGUGGAACAGGAGCUGGCCUGCCAAAACGACCAUUCCAGUGCCCUCCAGAACGUGCGUCGGCUGCUGCAGAACCCCAAGGUGACGGAGCUGGACGCUGCGCGGCUGGUGAUGCUUUACGCCCUGCACUACGAGCGCCACAGCAGCAGCAGCCUGCCAGGGCUGGUGGCUGAUCUCAAGAACAGAGGGGUCUCAGAGAGGUAUCGAAAGCUGGUGUCUGCCGUGGUGGAGUACGGAGGGAAGCGGGUGCGGGGCAGCGACCUGUUCAGCCCCAAGGACGCUGUGGCCAUCACCAAACAGUUCCUCAAAGGCCUGAAGGGCGUGGAGAACGUGUACACCCAGCACCAGCCUCUCCUGCAGGAAACGCUCGACCAGCUCAUCAAAGGGAAACUCAAGGACAACCAGUUCCCCUACUUGGGUCCCAACACCCUCCGGGACAGACCCCAAGACAUCAUCGUCUUCAUCAUCGGAGGGGCGACUUACGAGGAGGCGCUGACGGUCUAUAACCUCAACCGCACCAACCCCGGGGUGCGCAUCGUCCUGGGGGGCACCACGAUCCACAACACAAAAAGCUUCCUGGAGGAAGUGACAACUUCAGGCUUCCGUGGCCGAAGCACCGAGAGCUCCCAAACCGCGCCGAGGUCGAGCAGCCGACGGUGAAUCCCUGAGGAACCCCAUCUUGCCCAUCUGGAGCUUCCCACCAGCUGUUUUGGGGCAGAACAGGACAUUCCACGGCCCCAAAUCCUCAGCUUCUUCUCACAAACCCCAGCUCUGAACGGGACACGGCCUCGGAGCUGGAAUUGGAAGCUGUGGAAGAGCCCAGGAAUGAGGUGGCUGCGGAGACACCGGUGUCCUGAGCCCUGGAAAAGCCCCCUAAUUACCUGGUUUGUCCAAACGUGGGGUUAUAAUUCCCCUAACGAACAUCUAACGAUCGUGGCCCAGACUUUAGGGUGGAAGGUGAAGGGAAAUGGGGCAGCAGAAGCCCUUUGCUCAGUUGUCUGUAUAUUUUGAGUCCUAUUAAAUAAUCCGUUUCGACUGAACCUCUUGUCCCUUAAAUAAUUCCUAAUUCGGAAACGCCGCUGGGGUGUAAUUACAUCCUUAAUCUCCUUUAUUAAUUUGUUUACCUUAAAAAACAAACACGGGACUCCCUGCCCC